AUGCAUAAAAUAUAUUGGCGCCGAUUAUUACUUCCAUCAUUAAUCCUAACAAUUUUACCAUUGUUUUUUCUUGUUUUUACUACAAAAUGUCAGACUACACGAGGAAAUUCUGUUUCGAUUAUUUAUGAUAAACGAAAAAGUUUUUUUGACUCAUCAUCAACUAUUCCUAUUCAAUCAUCCUCAGUUCCAUCACGUUAUUUAGUAGUACCUUAUCAAGAAUUUGUUUUACGUACAUCUAUGGCAUGCCGAGUGUUUAAUCUUGAUAAUCCAACAAAAAAUGCAAAUAAAUUUCAUCCAAAAUAUUCGAAAUAUUUACGUGGUCCAUUUCCUUAUGUUUUACCAUAUACAAACAUAACGUAUAAUGAUAUAGAAAAUUUUUAUACAAAAAUUUUAGUUAACAAAAAAAAAGAUACUGAAACAAUUGAAACAUCAUUUGCAAAUAAUAUUACAUUUGAAAAUAUUCCUUACAUAUAUCAAAAAGGUAUGUGGCAUCCUGUUGGAAUAACAUCAGCUCAACGUACAGCUAUAUUAGUACCAUUACAAGGUCGAGAAUAUAAUGCUAAGACAUUUCUAUUCAAUAUGCAUGCAUUUGCUAGACGACAACAACUUACGUAUACAAUAAUACUUGUUGAACAGGUUUCUCCAAUGGGUUAUCGAUUUAAUAAAGGUCGAUUGUUUAAUGCUGCUAUUAAUUAUCUUGAAAAAAAAUCUUUGAAUAUAACAUGUCUGGUAUUGCAUGAUGUUGAUUUAAUACCUGAAGAUGAUGGAAAUCUUUAUGCAUGUGAAACAAAAUAUCCAAAACAUACAACAUCACGUGUUCGAAAUCUAGAUAGUAAACGAGGUUAUAUACGAUAUUAUGAAUUUUUAAUCGGUGGUGUUCUUUUAUUAACAUUUGAUAUGUAUAAAACAUUUAAUGGAUUUUCAAAUUUAUAUUGGGGUUGGGGUGGAGAAGAUGAUGAUUUGGCAUUAAGACUAAUUCAACGAAAAAUGUGUGUUGUUAGACCAGCAUAUGAAUUAGCUAUUUAUAUUGGAUUACCUCAUCCACGUGGUCCACGAAAUGAUGGUCGUUUUAGUUUAUUAAAAUGGACAACUCUUCGUCUUGAUACUGAUGGUUAUGCACAAAUUGAAUCAUUAACACGCAUUAUUAAUAUACGUCAAACAUUAACUGUGAUUCAUAUGAAAUUAGAUAAUAUAGCAGCAAGUAAAGGUUUAAUCGAAUUUACAAUCAAUGAUCAAAUUGAUUGUGAAGAAAUGGAAAUAGAAUAUCAUUCAAAAUAUCAUCCAAUUAUAACAAAUAUUUUGAUUCAUCAAGUUUAUGAUAGUAUCAAUAAAUGUAUGAUUACAUUGCGGCAAGCUAUCGAUAAUGAUUAG